AUGACCAUGGAUGUAUGACCCGGUCCGCAGGGCAGGAACUGGCAUGAAUAACGAUCAAACUCUCUCCUCCAGUCUGGAUCUAUAUCAGAGGAGCAGCCUGACUGGGAUACUCUGUGACUGUGACUGCUGUCAAUCAGAUCCGUGUUAAACUUCAUAGAAAAUGGCAACAAGAAGCAGGUUAGUGCUGCAGAGAGUCUUCAGAGGACUCAGAGCUCACAAUGUUUGCUAUCAGAGCUCAGCAUCAAUCUCAAGUCAAGGACGACUUCUGUUGAAACCUCAGCUGAGACACCUGAGCUGCUCCAACAGACUCUACACGACUGAAGCUCCCACCACAGGUCCCAGCAGUCUGUCGUUCAGGAGUCACACCUGUGGAGAACUGAGAUCAGAGCAUGUGGGAGAGGAGGUUACUCUGUGUGGAUGGAUCCAAUACCUCAGACAAGACCUGUUUGUCAUACUGCGAGACUUCAGCGGCCUGACGCAGGUUCUAAUUCCUCAGGAAGAAUCUGCGCAUCAUUUGAAAGCAGUGCUGACUGACCUCACCGUUGAGUCUGUCGUCAAAGUAACCGGAACAGUGAGACGCCGACCGGCAGGACAGGAGAACGAGAGGAUGCCAACAGGAGAAAUAGAAGUCCUUGCUGGGAACGUGGAAGUGUUUAAUACGUGUCGGACGCUGCCUUUUGAAAUUAAAGACUUUGUCAAAAAAUCAGAGUCUUUGCGCAUGCAGUAUCGCUACCUGGACCUGAGAUCCUCUCAGAUGCAGAAGAACCUCAGACUGAGGUCUCAGCUGGUGAUGAAGAUGAGGGAACACCUGUGUAAUGUACAUGGUUUUGUCGAUGUGGAAACUCCAACUUUGUUCAAAAGAACACCAGGGGGAGCCAAAGAGUUUGUGGUUCCGUCCAGAGAGCCAGGUCGGUUUUACUCCCUGCCCCAGAGUCCACAGCAGUUCAAACAGCUGCUAAUGGUGGCUGGUAUAGACAGGUAUUUCCAGAUGGCUCGUUGCUAUAGAGACGAAGGCUCCAAACCAGACAGGCAGCCUGAGUUCACCCAGGUCGACAUAGAAAUGUCUUUUGUGGACCAGGCAGGGAUCAUGUCCCUGGUGGAGGGUUUGUUGCAGUACUCCUGGCCUGCAAAGAAAGGUCCCGUUACGGUUCCUUUCCAAACCAUGACGUACGAGGAGGCCAUGAGGGACUACGGUGUGGACAAACCUGAUACCAGAUUCGGUAUGAAGCUGAUGGACCUCAGUGAGGUUUUCCUGUCCACUGAAAUUGAAUUCCUCAGAUCAGCCAUCAGCCAACCAGAAGGCUCCGUUCAGGCCAUCUGUGUCCCCAGUGGAACGAAACUUUUCAGUGGGAAAGAUUUGGAAGAACUGAAACAAACAGCCAAGACUCAGUUUGGCCAGGAGGUCAGUGUGGUGCAGGUCAAAGCAGACGGGACGUUGAAGUCUCCCCUGAAAAAGCUGCUGUCUGUCUCAGCCACAGAUGACCUGCUGAAGAAGACUGAAGCCAAACCAGGAGACCUGUUGCUGAUAGCAGCCGGCUCCCUCCACACUGUGCGCCCCCUGCUGGGUCACCUUCGCUUGCAGUGCGCAGAGCUCUUGGAGUGUCGUGGCGUUUCGGUCCGCGACCCGUCAGCCUUCCACUUCCUGUGGGUUGUGGACUUCCCUCUCUUCUUGCCAAAAGAAGAUGAGCCAGAGCAGCUGGAGUCAGCACAUCAUCCGUUUACUGCUCCUGUGCAAGAAGACACGCAGCUACUCUACACAGAGCCACACAAGGUUCGUGGUCAACACUAUGACCUGGUGCUGAACGGCUGUGAGAUUGGAGGAGGAUCCAUCCGCAUCCACAAGGCCUCAGAGCAACUUCACAUCCUGAAGAAUAUCCUCAAGGAGGAUCCCAGUCUUCUGUCUCACCUGCUGGAGGCUCUGGACUCAGGAGCGCCACCACAUGGAGGCAUUGCUCUGGGUUUGGACCGGCUUGUCUCCAUCCUGGUCGGGGCUCCUAGCAUCCGUGACGUCAUAGCCUUCCCCAAGUCCUUCCGGGGUCACGAUGUCAUGAGCCGAGCCCCCGACUUUGUAUCUGAGGAGGAGCUGAAGUCUUACCACAUCUCCGUCAAAUGGCCAACAGAAGAAGGAGGAGAAGGAGAGGGCAAGUGAAGAGAAGGAAGAGAUGAAGAGACGUCAAAGGAUGGGAUUAUCUUUGUAGCUCACGCCACAGACAGAGAUGAGCAGACAGGUGGUGUAGAGGCUGAAGUGUAUGAGGAUCUCUGCCAGCUGGCCGGCAGAGAUGAGGUGGAGGAGGAAGAGACAAAAUGAGUAGGAGGUGAUGUUGUGGCUGCUUCUCAGUACUGUUCAUUUGAAA